CACAAUAACCGUUCCACUUUGGUCCAUACUCCAUAGCAGCGCACACCACACCACACCACACCACAAAGAGAGAGCGGGCAAAAGGUGAGGCCGAGAAGCGCUUUAGCCGUUAGGCGAUAAGAGUGAGCUGGUGCACCGGCAUGGCGGCCACGGCGUACUCCGUGGCGCUCCUCGGCGGCGCACGCCUCCCGGCCGCCCCGCGCUCCGCCCUCCUCCCUCGCCGCAGCGUCUGCCAGCUUCGCCUCCAAGAUGCACCGAGGCUCUCCCUGCUGCGUGCGAAGGCCGCGUCCGAGGACACGUCGGCCUCCGGCGACGAGCUCAUCGAGGACCUCAAAGCAAAGUGGGACGCCAUUGAGGACAAGCCCACCGUCCUCUUGUACGGCGGCGGCGCCAUCGUCGCCCUCUGGCUGACGUCCGUGGUCGUCGGCGCCAUCAACGCCGUGCCGCUGCUCCCCAAGAUCCUGGAGCUCGUUGGGCUCGGCUACACCGGCUGGUUCGUGUACCGCUACCUCCUCUUCAAGGAAAGCAGGAAAGAGUUGGCCGCCGACAUUGAGACCUUGAAGAAAAAGAUUGCUGGAACAGAAUAAACUCUCAUGGAAAGUUUUAGAGGGCCCUUUCUUCUUUGGAAAGAUAUCUAAUCGGAGAACAAUGCAACUACCUGAGUACUACAGCCCAUGUGUGUGUGUGAUGUAUAUCUUCAGUAUACAAAGGAAACAUCGUUUGUUGUGUAGUAGCAUUGUAUUAGUUUAAAUGUAUCUCUACUACCUAUCUGCUAAAUUCUUCUUUUGAUUUGGCAAA